GUUUUUGAACAGUUCGGUUUAUUGAAAUUGGUUAUUAAUUAUUAGUCUUUGUGGUUUAUAAUUAAUCGUUUCCGCUCUGGGUCUUAAAUGUGAUCUUAAGAAACAUUUUUCUGAAUUAAUUUGUUUGAGAUUUGAUGUUGACUUGUAAAGACUCAUUCAUCAGCCGAGUGUCACUGUGCUCGAAAUUACACUAAUUGUUAGCAAACAUCGUCUAUUUAAUAAAACCUUUCUUCAAUUGUCUUUCUUUUGAACAAUUAAAUCAAAUUUUCUAAUUGUGAUAAUUGUCCCUAACUAUGGAAACGAAAAAUUAAUCAACCAGAAUCCAAAUGAAACCACCAAUUUUUGUCACUAAAAAAGUGAAAUGAUUUUUCCGAAAAAAUAAAUUUACUAAUUUCUGUUAUUUAAAAGGGAUAAUUUAAACACAAUUUAACUAUUAAUUCACUAUGAUUUAGUGAUUAGUGACAUUUGAUUAUUGUGAUUAUGGAUUUAAAAAGGAAACUAUUGAAAAUUGAUUCGAUUAUCAUUUCAUCCAACAUCAUAAUCAUUGUGCUCUUGAACAUAACACGAUCUAAUUGUCAAUCUCGUUUCCUUUAUUCAUCAGUUCAAAUUUACGAGCAUUGCUACAAUAAUCAUACAAUUUAUCCUGAUUCAUUCUAUUUAGUUCAUGAUAGAGACAAUGACAUCUCGCUCCCAAAUUGUCACAUCACACUUGAAAUCGAUCGUUUUGUUAGAAUUAAUAUCCAUGUCCGACAUCUGAAAAUGACCAACAUGGUCAUCGACAUAGCAGAGGCUACUUGUCAUGAUGGCCCACAUAUUUUGAGUCAUGUUUUGAUAGACGACCAGGAAGAUUUUAUUAGCGUUAGCCCUGGAUUAGUACCUAAUGUUGUUAUAAUUAACCCGAGGAUUCUGGAUGCUUCUUUUCCUGGUAAAAUUAACGCGAAUAUAACAGUUACGCUCUAUCAAAAAGUUUAUAACGAAAGACAAUGUCACGAGUUAGGUAGCACGAACCUUUUCUGUGGAAAUGGUCAAUGUUUAUCUGAAUAUUUUAGAUGCGAUGGUGUCGAGAACUGUUUAUUUGGUCACGAUGAAAAAAACUGUUCAACAUCAUCACCUCCUUCUCAAUCAGAUCAACCCUGGUUGCUGAUUCUAUUAUCCAUUUCGACGGCGAUCAUGUUUCUCAUUAUUUCUUCGGCCCUGAUUUGGUUUGGAUGGACCAAGAUAAUGAUCACGAGGAAAAUAGUGACCACAGCAAAGUCCAGUAAAACUGUGGAUUUAGAAAAUCAUCAUUCACUUUCAAUUUAGUUCUCUUAUUGUUCAAAAUAUUCCGAUGAAAAUAUAAAAUCAAUCAAUGAUUUAUUGGUCUGUUUCUUAUAAUUACUUGAAGCUUAACUUAAUUGCAUUUCAUUUGGAAGUUUUCAAUUUCAGUGAAAGUUGUUAAAUCAACAAUUUAAUAUCUAUCAGUUUGAUUAACCAUAACCUUUUUCAUCUAAAUCAUCUUGCAGUUUUAACCAAUAAGAGUUGACUAUCACUAUUAUACAUAAGAUGUAAUCUAAAAUAACCAUUAAUAUA